AUGAGAAGAUUUCGGGAGGAAGGAAAGGGAGGAGACGAAGACAAGGAGGACGAGGACUCCCCCCUCAAGUCUGAAAUUCAAUUGGUACGAUUCCCUUCAAGGUUUAAAUUACCAAUAUUUGACUCUUUUGAUGGAGCAGGAGACCCGAAGAGCCACAUCUCUAAGUUCAAAACAAUUAUGAUGCUACAAGACGUGAAAGACCCAAUGCUCUGUAGAGUGUUCCCAACAACACUGCAAGGUUCGGCACAGAAGUGGUACUCACAUCUUAAAGCUGGCUCAAUCGGUUCCUUUUCCGAUCUGGCCACGGGAUUCAAAGCGCGCUUCCGGACCAACAUCCCAAUGCAAAAACGUUCCAGCGACUUAAGAAAAUGCAAACAAGGAGACCAGGAAACGUUGAAGAAUUUCGUAGAAAGAUUCAAUAAAAAGGCGGUCCCGAUCGAGAAUCUCAAUCAUGACACAGCCAUAGAGGCCAUGAAGAUUGGGACCCGAUUUGAAGAGCUCCGAGACAAAAUUCUGAUGAAAAAGCCAAUCACCUUCCAGGACUUAAUGCUGAUAGCACACAAAUAUGUUGAACUAGAUGAAGUGAGGAGAACUCUAACCAAGCAGUCGGAGACAGCGAAACAAGACAACUCCAAGUAUCGAGGAAAGAAAGAAGAGGAGAGACCCCGGACGCAGAGAUUUGGAGGAUUGAGCAGACCUUAUGACUUCACGCCACUGAACCGAGCCCCAGUCUAUAUACUCAGCUGGAUGAAGCAAAAUCGGGUGAUGUUCAAUACCCCCAGAAGGAUGGACCCAGACAAGGAACGAGACAAGAGCAAGUACUGUCGUUUUCAUGAAGGCUAUGGCCAGGACACAGAUCGGUGCUGGGAUCUUAAAAGAGAGAUAGAACAACUAAUCCAAUCUGGCGUGCUGAGGAAAUUCGUCCACGAAAAGACAGGAGAAAAAAAGGAAAGGAGACACCACCAAAAAAGAAGAACAGAAAAAGAAAGCCAAAGAGGUCGAGGCGUAAUACAUGUUAUCGAUGGAGGGGAGCCUUACAGCAACUCCCAAAAGAAGAAAAGGAACAGAAGAGGUUCAGCAACAAUCUUCGCAAUCGAGAGGGAAAUAGCUCAAGAAGUCUCAUUCAGCCCUGAAGAUGGAGGACACGUACGAGGACCUCACAAUGACGCAUUGGUGAUAGAGGCAGUGAUAAGAAACCACCUGGUCAAACGUAUCUUGAUAGAUGAAGGAAGUUCUGUGAACUUACUAACCCUGGAAGCCUUUAAGGAGAUAAAAGGAUUGAUCACAGACUUACGAAAAGCAUCUGUCCCACUCAUCGGACUGGGAGGAAAGCCGAUUCGGCCGGAAGGAACUGUGAACCUGUAUGUAGAGCUAGGGGAGAAGACCGAGGGACCACUCAAGAAACUACAUGCCCAGUUCAAUGUGGUGGAUUUACCUCUAGCAUAUAACAGAAUCUUUGGAAGACCUUUCUUAUACCAAUCAAGCGCACUAACUAGCAUCAGGUUACUGACUUUAAAGAUACCCACCCCGGAGGGAACAGUGGUAGAAAGAGGAAGCCAAGAAAUGGCCAGGGAGUGCUGUAUGAUAACAACGGAAGAAGGAGAAAGCCUACCGAUCGCCACUUUUUCUGGGAUAGUCGUAGACGAAGAAGAAGUAGGAGGCGCAGAACCAGUCGGAGACAUGGAGGACAUCAAAAUAACUGCGACCAAAGUAGUAAAGGUAGGGACAGAUGUCCCAAAAGAGGUGAAAGAAGGAAUACAGACCAUCCUAAAGAACAACGCGGAGUCGUUCGCUACAGAACCAGCAGAAAUCAAAGGAUUCGAUCCAAAAAUAGCUUCACACAAGCUAAACAUAAAACCAGGGAGCAGGCCCGUGGUACAGAAGAAGCGGCGAUUCACAGAGGAGAGGUAG